AUGACGGCGUACGAGCAGCUGAGAGCGGAUCGCAUGGCGAGAAACGCGGCGCUGCUGGCGGCGCUCGACGUGAGCGCUGCAGCCAGGCGGCUCAAGUCGACCGCCAGCAUCAGCACUUCCGGCGGUCGCUCCGCGCAGGAGAAGGGACGACUCGCGCCCUCCAAAGGCACUCGGCGGUCGUUCCGUGUUCAGAAAAAGACAGGAGGAGGAGGAGGAGGAGAAGGCAGAGGUGGCAGCGGUGGUGGUGGUGGUGACAAGGGGGAGUGGGAAGAGGAGGAAGAGGAGGGUGAGGACGAGGAGGAGGGUGAGGAGGAGGAAUUGGGGAAAGACGGCGAGUAUAUCCCAGAUGCGAUUGCAGAUGACGAUGAUCAGGAUGAAGAGAGGGAUGAAGGGGAGGAGGAGGGGGAAGAUGAGGAGAUGGAGGGAGGGGAGGGUUGUGGUGGUGGUGGUGGUGGUGGUGGCGGUGGUGGCAUCAGUGGGAGGAGAGGACGACAGUCGGGGAAACGCGGUGCAGAAAAGCAGCAGCAGCAGCAGCAGCGGGUGAGCAAGCGAUGGAGGGGGAUGGAGGAGUUGGGAGCGGUUGGAGCUGGUGACGAGGACGAGGAGCUACAGAUGGCCAUCGCCCUGGCAUUCCUGAGUGUCGGCUGCGCCAACCUGCGGGUUGGCCGCAUCUACAAGCAGCAUUUAAGCCUCUCAUUCCCCCAAUCUCUGUUCCACUUCGCCCCACGAUCCUCUAUCACUCCCCCCAGGGCAUUCCUGAGUGUCGGCUGCGCCAACCUGCGGGUUGGCCGCAUCUACAAGCAGCAUUUAAGCCUCUCAUUCCCCCAAUCUCUGUUCCACUUCGCCCCACGAUCCUCUAUCACUCCCCCCAGGGCAUUCCUGAGUGUCGGCUGCGCCAACCUGCGGGUUGGCCGCAUCUACAAGCAGCAUUUAAGCCUCUCAUUCCCCCAAUCUCUGUUCCACUUCGCCCCACGAUCCUCUAUCACUCCCCCCAGGGCAUUCCUGAGUGUCGGCUGCGCCAACCUGCGGGUCGGCCGCAUCUACAAGCAGCCCUCUCUCCCUCCUUCUCUCACUCGCUCUCUCACUGCCUCUCUCACGACCUCUCUCACUCCCUCUCUCACUCCCUCUCUCACUCCCCCUCUCACUCCUUCCCGGCAGGCGAAGCGGCGUAGGAGCCCGUUGAGGAAGCUCAAGCUCACUGACUGUGAAGCUGACUCGCUCUCUCACUCCUUGACUCCGUCCCUCUCUCCCUUUCUCACUCCUUCCUGGCAGGCGAAGCGGCGUAGGAGCCCGUUGAGGAAGCUCACUGACUCUGAAGCCGACUCUCUCUAUUUUACUCUCGAUGCCAAAGGUGAGGGGUGCAUAACAGCAGCUGACAUCGCCAGGCUGGCAGCAGUGCACUCGUUCCUGUGGAGCGAGCAGCAGAUGGAGGACAUGAUCAUGCUGUUCAGCCACUCACAGGGCGCUCAGAUGGGAAUGUUAGAAUUUCGUCAUGUUUUGUCACAAUGUGGACGGCUUUAG